GCUCGCUCCGCGGAGGCCCAGCUGCCGCCACCGCCGCGGCGGGCGCUGGAACCGCGGCUCGCCGCCUGCUCUGCCGGGCGUUAAGGGCCGGGGGCCGAGGUUCACGGGAGGCGACAGCGAGCGGCCGGGCGGCCGGGGAGAGAGCGACAAGCGGUGCGGGGACCGAUUCCGGGUGUCCGGGCCAUGCUGGCCGGGCGGCUGCGCUGAGCAGAGGCCGAGCCCGGGACGCGCCGAGGGACUGCGGGGCUGCGGGUCAUGGAUGCGGCGGCAGCGGCGCGGGACGGCGGGAGCCCGGCCGCGACCAGGUGAGGAGGCGGCGUCCGGCGCCACUGCAGCCGCGGCGGCCUCGGAGGAAGAGGGCUCGCCGCCGCGCGCCCGCCCGCCGUCGCUGCCCUUCCUGUUGGGAUUAUCUUCUGCUCCCCGCUGCUUCUUCGCUCCCCGCGGUCGAAGCCGCCUCUAGGCUUCAGCGGCUCGGACUCCUUAGCAGCCGGUGCCUCUGCUACCUGGGCCUCGUAGCUGGGAGACCCUUGGGCGAGACCAUGAGGAAAUUCAACAUCAGGAAGGUGCUGGACGGCCUGACCGCAGGCUCGUCCUCGGCCUCGCAACAGCAGCAACAGCAGCAGCACCCGCCUGGGAACCGGGAGCCCGAGAUCCAGGAGACGCUCCAGUCCGAGCACUUCCAACUCUGCAAGACUGUUCGCCAUGGAUUUCCCUAUCAGCCCUCAGCCCUGGCCUUUGAUCCCGUUCAGAAGAUCCUGGCGGUAGGAACCCAGACUGGUGCUUUAAGGCUCUUUGGUCGUCCAGGGGUGGAAUGUUAUUGCCAGCACGACAGCGGAGCGGCAGUGAUUCAACUCCAGUUCCUGAUUAAUGAGGGAGCCCUUGUGAGUGCCUUGGCUGAUGACACCUUACACUUGUGGAAUUUACGUCAGAAAAGGCCUGCUGUGCUACAUUCACUCAAAUUUUGCAGAGAAAGGGUUACAUUUUGCCAUCUGCCUUUCCAGAGUAAGUGGCUCUAUGUGGGCACGGAACGAGGUAAUAUACAUAUUGUCAAUGUGGAGUCCUUCACACUCUCAGGCUACGUCAUUAUGUGGAAUAAAGCCAUCGAACUGUCAUCUAAAUCUCACCCAGGACCUGUUGUCCAUAUAAGUGAUAAUCCCAUGGACGAGGGGAAGCUUCUGAUUGGCUUUGAAUCUGGAACAGUAGUCUUAUGGGACCUUAAGUCAAAGAAGGCUGACUACAGAUACACUUACGACGAGGCUAUUCACUCUGUGGCUUGGCAUCAUGAAGGAAAACAGUUUAUUUGCAGUCAUUCUGAUGGUACAUUGACCAUAUGGAAUGUGAGGUCCCCUACUAAACCUGUACAGACCAUCACUCCUCACGGAAAACAGUUAAAGGAUGGGAAGAAACCCGAGCCGUGCAAGCCUAUCCUCAAGGUGGAGUUCAAGACAACAAGAUCGGGGGAACCUUUUAUUAUUUUGUCGGGAGGCUUAUCAUAUGAUACCGUGGGAAGAAGACCUUGCUUAACAGUGAUGCAUGGGAAAAGCACGGCAGUGCUGGAAAUGGACUAUUCAAUUGUCGACUUUCUCACACUCUGUGAAACGCCAUAUCCAAAUGAUUUUCAGGAGCCGUAUGCUGUGGUUGUUCUCCUGGAGAAGGAUUUAGUGCUGAUAGACCUGGCACAGAAUGGAUACCCUAUAUUUGAGAAUCCCUACCCUUUGAGUAUACACGAGUCCCCUGUUACAUGUUGUGAAUAUUUUGCUGAUUGUCCUGUGGACCUUAUUCCUGCACUUUAUUCUGUUGGAGCUAGACAGAAACGUCAAGGUUACAGCAAAAAGGAAUGGCCCAUCAAUGGUGGUAAUUGGGGCUUGGGUGCUCAAAGUUACCCAGAAAUAAUUAUUACAGGGCAUGCUGAUGGCUCAAUUAAAUUCUGGGAUGCUUCUGCAAUAACUCUACAAGUACUGUAUAAAUUAAAAACAUCUAAAGUAUUUGAAAAGUCAAGAAAUAAAGAUGACAGACAGAACACCGACAUUGUAGAUGAAGAUCCAUAUGCCAUUCAGAUCAUCUCCUGGUGCCCAGAGAGCAGAAUGCUGUGCAUAGCCGGAGUGUCGGCUCAUGUCAUCAUUUAUAGAUUCAGCAAGCAGGAAGUGGUUACAGAAGUCAUCCCGAUGCUUGAAGUCCGACUGUUAUAUGAAAUAAAUGAUGUGGAAACGCCGGAGGGUGAGCAGCCACCCCCUUUGUCCACUCCCGUGGGCAGCUCCACCUCUCAGCCCAUCCCCCCUCAGUCUCAUCCGUCUACCAGCAGCAGCUCAUCGGACGGGCUUCGAGAUAAUGUACCGUGUUUAAAAGUUAAAAACUCACCACUUAAACAGUCUCCCGGCUAUCAAACAGAGCUAGUCAUCCAGUUGGUGUGGGUGGGUGGAGAACCCCCGCAGCAGAUCACCAGCCUAGCACUCAACUCUUCCUACGGAUUGGUGGUUUUCGGCAACUCCAAUGGCAUUGCAAUGGUUGACUACCUCCAGAAAGCAGUGCUGCUCAACCUCAGCACCAUUGAACUAUACGGCUCAAAUGAUCCUUAUCGGAGAGAACCGAGGUCGCCCCGCAAAUCUCGACAGCCUUCAGGAGCGGGCCUGUGUGAUAUUACCGAAGGAACUGUCGUCCCAGAGGAUCGCUGCAAAUCUCCGACUUCCGGUUCUUCCUCGCCACACAAUUCAGACGAUGAACAAAAAGUGAAUAAUUUUAUAGAAAAGGUGAAGACCCAAAGCAGAAAGUUUUCCAAGAUGGUAGCCAGUGAUCUAGCAAAGAUGUCAAGGAAAUUAAGCUUGCCAACUGAUCUAAAGCCUGAUUUAGAUGUGAAAGACAAUUCCUUCAGCAGAUCUCGGAGUUCAAGUGUGACCAGCAUUGACAAAGAGUCCCGGGAAGCCAUUUCUGCUCUUCAUUUCUGUGAGACUUUCACAAGGAAGGCAGACUCCUCCCCCUCCCCGUGCCUGUGGGUGGGAACCACAGUGGGAACUGCCUUUGUCAUCACGCUGAAUCUCCCCCUGGGGCCUGAGCAGAGACUGCUUCAGCCAGUGAUUGUGUCUCCAAGCGGUACUAUAUUGAGGUUAAAAGGUGCGAUCUUGAGAAUGGCAUUUCUGGAUGCCGCGGGCUGCUUAAUGCCACCUGCAUACGAACCCUGGACAGAGCACAACGUUCCUGAAGAAAAAGACGAAAAGGAGAAAUUGAAAAAGCGGCGACCUGUCUCAGUGUCCCCCUCCUCUUCUCAGGAAAUUAGUGAAAACCAGUACGCAGUGAUAUGUUCUGAAAAGCAAGCAAAGGUCAUCUCACUGCCAACCCAGAACUGUGCAUACAAGCAGAACAUCACUGAGACGUCCUUCGUGCUCCGUGGAGACAUUGUCGCCCUGAGUAACAGUGUCUGCCUCGCCUGCUUCUGUGCCAACGGCCACAUUAUGACUUUCAGUUUGCCGAGCUUGAGGCCUCUGCUGGAUGUCUACUACCUGCCCCUUACCAACAUGCGGAUAGCCAGGACAUUCUGCUUCGCCAACAGUGGGCAAGCCUUAUACCUUGUUUCACCUACCGAAAUCCAGAGACUCACCUACAGUCAGGAGACGUGUGAAAACCUUCAGGAGAUGCUUGGUGAGCUCUUCACGCCUGUAGAAACACCAGAAGCACCAAACAGAGGGUUCUUCAAAGGCUUAUUUGGAGGUGGUGCACAAUCUCUUGAUAGAGAAGAACUGUUUGGAGAGUCAUCCUCGGGAAAGGCGUCAAGGAGCCUUGCACAGCACAUCCCGGGUCCUGGCGGGAUCGAAGGUGUGAAGGGAGCCGCGUCGGGAGUGGUGGGAGAACUGGCCCGAGCCAGGCUGGCCCUCGACGAAAGAGGACAGAAGCUCAGCGACUUGGAAGAGAGGACUGCAGCCAUGAUGUCCAGUGCAGACUCGUUUUCCAAACAUGCUCAUGAGAUGAUGCUGAAAUACAAAGAUAAGAAGUGGUACCAGUUCUGACAAGUAGCACUCAGUAAGUCCAGCUUCAACCAGAAGGAAAAAGACGUUUCCUUGUUGAGGUCACUGAUGUAUUUGGGAAAGAUAACAUAAAAGGGAUGCACACUGCUGACAGCGUCUUUCCCAGCACAAUCAUGCACUGUUUUACCUCAGUCACACGGCUUUAACCGAGAACAGUCCCCAUGUGUGCAAACCAGAGCAUAUGGUGUGUGCCGGCCGCCUGCGCAUUGACAACGGAGAACUAAGUGGGGUCCCGCUGACAGAUGAACGGACAGAGGAUGCUGAGACGUCCGGGAGGGCUAUUCCUUGGAUCAUUCCCGUAUUAAACUUUCAUAUGCCAAAAGAUUUUGUGCCGUUGUAUCUGCCAUCAGUGUUUGAUCCGAUGUGGGGAGAGGCAAUAAAUCAGAAGUUGUAAGUCUGCAAAGGUCACAUUUGUGUCUGGACUGCAUUGUGAACAGCUGUCUGCACUCGCUCGCCCUCUCUCAAACAGACUGCUCAUCAGUAUCGUCAGUGAAAAAGCAACAAACUUCCCUUCUCGUUAGACUCUGCUGAGUGCUGGUCUUUAAGGAGUCGAAGAAGCACACACAGAGCUCCUGUGCGGGAUCCUCUUCUACUCUCGUUCUUACACACCGUGUUCAGUUCCUAUGUUUUCAAAAGCAAAACAAGGUGAUAGGUCACUUGUCGUGGAAAGGUGUGGCUCGUGAGUGAGUGGCUCAUCUCUGGGGAGUUUCCAUGCAGUGGCCAUGCAGAGUGGAAAAGUGAGAAAACCUCCAUUGUGGCGAGGAGAAUUCUUCAAUGUCUUUUGUCCCUGUUCACAUCAAUUCAGCUAAAAGUAGACUUGACCAAAAGUUACUAGUUAAAUUUGUAGGAAAGUUGAAAUUGGCUAAGUUUUUAAUUUUGCUUGAAUUUUUAUAAAAUGUUUAACCAAAUGUUACCCUUGCAUUAUUUAAUUAAAAUUGCUAAAACAACAGUGUUUUAUCAUUUCAGUACCGUGCUCAGCUCCCUUUUAAAAAUGCCCUUCAUCUGCUCACAGUUCCAGUACACUCAGGUGACGAGCCAGUUUAAUCUUAGUGCACACGCUGCCGCAUGGAAACCUGCAAGUGUCUCUUGUCCAGUUACCCAAGAGUCUAGUCCGAUGAGCUACAAAGUAUCUCCCAUAGAAUACAUCGCACCUGUACAUAUCCUUCGGAAACACUAAAAGAAAAAAGAAAGUGUGUUCACUUCGGUAACUUCAUUUCUCUUCUGUAACCAAGCGUGCUGGGCAUUGGAGGGCAGUAGACACCGAGUGAUUGGUUCAGGCAGUGAGUAGGGUGGCAGCCUGGAGAGGAAGCCCCGCCCCGCUAAGCUAAAGCUGCAAGGGAAGAUGGGAAGGGAAGUGGGGGCGCGAACAUUACAUACUGUCUCCAAUGACAGGCUGUCCCGAGUCACUGCCCUUAAAAACGAAGAGGCACAGGUUGCUGGGAAGCACGGUUGUUUUCUGUUUUCUGAUGAGUAAAGUCCCUGCGAAUCACCCUCACUUCUCAGCCUGUUACUUGCCCGUGUCUCUUUCACCAAGAAUCCUUUUGUUUACAUUUGAUAACGUGCACUACCAGAUAGAAAAGUUUACAUCCAAGUUUACUUUAAAUAGCAUCAGGUAAGGACUAAAUAUAUGUGAUAAAGAGAACUGAUCAAGAUAAAAAUGUUUUUAAACUAUAAUCAUUUUUAAAAUUUCUGAAUCUAUAGAAAGUGAGAAAAAAAAUUCGUUUCAUGUCUGUUCUCUGAACAUUCAGCAAUUUACGAAUUGCUUAAUUUGCAUUAUAUAUCGUCCAUUAAACCCAUGUUCCAUGGUAACUCAUUGGAAGAAUUGGGUCUUUUUUUAAAGGUAUAGUUUUAUGAAUAUCGAUAGUUGAGAGUUUUAAAAAGUUGAAAAGUACUGAGUGACUGAGGCACUGCUCGACUCUGUGGAGCCUCAGCUGUUUGAUUCGUUGUAUUAUUUGUGUAUCAGAUUCCUUUCUACGGUCGUUUUAACUGCUGUAAAUAAGAUGAAUCAAAGUUGUAAUUAUUUACUAAUAGAGAAGUAGAUAAGUUUACCAGAGUUGGAUUUUAUAAGAACAUUUUAAUUCAUUAUUUUAAAUUAUCUGUUUUUAUUUUAAUUAAUCUACAUAUUGUACACAACAGUCUAAGAAACCAGGACUAGAAAGUGCAAAGUAUUUUUAAGUAGAGAGUAUGAGCUUCCCAGAGCUGCGCCUGAUCGUGUAAAUAAGAAAGUUCCAAGUGAUAACAGGGGACGGACUGUAGUCUGAAAUGGUCCGCCUCCUCCCACCCCACUCCUCUCUUUUUGAUGCAAAAAGCAGUAGCCACCAGCAAGCCAAAGUUUCAGGAACUUUAUCAAAAACAAAACAAACAAACAAAAAAAAGUCAAAAUAAAAAAUAUCAAAAAAUGAAAGUGUGUGUGUGUGUGUGUGUGUGUGUGUGUGUGUGUGUGUGUGUUCUCUGCCCUCAUUUGUCUUUGAUUCUAAAAUUUAAGUAUUCUUCAAUUAAUUUUAUUAUGGGAAGAGAUUUCUCUGUAUGUACCACAUAACAAAUUCAUUUCCUUUUGUAAACUAAAAAUCAGUCCCUGUUUGCCUAGAAUGUUGUUAUUUGAAGUAUCUCAUCUUGUCAAAAUCUUUAUGUGUUUGAUUAUGACAACACCCGCUCACAUUUCGGCCGUACCACUUCUAAAAGUCGGUUACAGAUUUUACAUAACCCGUUCCUGAUUCGAGGUCUUCAUAGGAAAACACUGCUACGUGUACACCUGCAUAUCGUUGGAAGUACGCUGCAGUUCCACCCAGAACGGUUCCUGAAGUGGUCACUUAGAACUUCUGGUGGGUUCUUCUGACUUCUGAUGUUAGUUCAGGCAGACACUUGUGGCUGUGAGACAGGUCUGAAAGAGGGCUUGUGUUUAGAACGUGGGUGGUGCUGGGAGAUAGGUGAGGGACAGAGGGGUUUGCUCCAGGUUUUACCCUAAGUCCUGUAUUUGAAUCGUGUGCUUUUGCUCAAGGCAUUUCGCAUGUGACAUUAGUAAAGCUAUCUCCAAAGGUUUUUUUUGUUUGUUUGUUUUUGUAUCUGUUUUUCUUUUUUGUGGCAAGGAUUUAUCUUAACUUGGGAGAUUUUGUUCGUUUAUAUGUUUCUGCGAAAUAAAGAGCUCUGAACUUUAAA